GCAGGGAGGUAGGAUCCUGCCCCCCACAGGACAAGGGGGAGGAUCCAGCCGCCCUACCCUGGCAGCAGGAGGACUCCCCAAAGAAAGGAGCCCCUCCCCGCGUGCUCACGGUCUCUGCUCCAAGGGGAAGAUGGAAGUGAUGGGGAGAGGAUCCAGCUCCUCUCACCCCCCCAACGACCACUUCUCUAGAGGGAGCCAGAGCCCAGAAAAUGUGGAGAGAGGAGCCAGGGGCCUUUCCCUGCUGAACACCCUCUGAAUUGGGGGAGCCAGAGUCCAGAUGGGGUUGGGGGAAAGUGCCAACCCCGCUUGCCUGCCCAGCAGAGCUACUGUCCAGGAGAGCCCAUGCUCAGGAGCAGGAAUUCUGCUUAUAAGAAAGACACCCACCUAGAUACAAUGGGUGACGCAGAGAAAAAGCGCCUGAUUGAACUGAAUAUGACAAGGGAAUCCUUGUGUAUGGUGGAAGGAAAAAGUGACUCAACCUGGCUCAGACCUCAGAGGAGACACUUUCCUCAAAGUAAUCGAAGUUCACUAGAGACCUACAGAGAAAAAGAGCCUGAGCUCGACACUGGCAGGAGCUCCUGGACAGCACUCACUCCUCUUCACCACAAGGAGAGGAGGCACUUUCCAGAAAGAAGAUUCCUUCUGAGCCAUUGCCUUCGCUUACCCCUCACUAAGCCCCAGAGACUGCUGUCAUGCAUGCCACCAGACUGCCGAUAA